AUGACCAGAGAACUGCGAAAGGCAGCCAAGGGUAAACAAAAUGAUGUGAGGUGUACAAUUGAACAAGAUAUGGUGGUCUUUGAGAACAGGAAGGAAAAAAUAAUACGUUCAUAUAUUGUGAAUGUGCGAAGAAACAGGAAGCACAGGAUUAUUGUUGUCGCCACAAAAGCAUGGAAAAGGCAACCCGGGCAAAUUUUUGCCAUGAAGUUUUCUAAUGAUGACGAUUUUCAUGAAUUUUUUGAGAUUCUUAUGGAAGCGGCGAGGAGUGAAGAAACGCGGAGACCUGAACAAAAAUGGAGGAGCCCUUACCUAAACUUUAUAAAUCUCUUUCCAAGAGACAGUACUGUCAGUGAUUAUGAAAACCUUUUGACUCCACCUCCACUAAAGGAAAAACGCAAUUCAGUAGCGUUUUCUCUCCCACGAUCCAGCUACACACCUACUCCGCAUACACCAGUGCAGAAAAUACACCACACGCGAUCGUCUUUUACACAAACAUCAAGUCUUCCAAUGCUCCCAAUAAGCAUGGAUGCUGCCACUUAUGUGACAACAGACGUGUUGGUAAAACACGGGCAUUCCAGCUCAUCCAACAGUAGCGGCAGCGUGUCAGCAAAGGAUGUUUAUACAAAGGAGGAGAAGAUCACCAAGAGAAAAGAUAAGGAUCACACCGAGAUGAAACUGCUGACCUACGAACCAAACAAGGUUAAUGAAAACCUCUACUCCAUUUCAAAUCGCAGCGCCUUCACAAGUGCCUCAUCAUCUUCAUCCUCAUUACCAUCCCCAUCCACGUCAACAAUGGACUCUAUAGUAAAGAAUAAUCUUGCCCAAAUACUUCGAAACAAUCUUUUAAACAACAUUUUUUCAUGCAAGAGAAGUGGCUGCAGCAGUUCUAGCGACAGCAGCAGCAGCAGCAGCUAUUCUACACCUUCCUCCACCAUUAGAGUCGAAAGGGCUAUCCUUCCUAAAGAUGACAAGCAAUUUUCCCUUAAUCACUGCAUUUAUAAUAAGAAUCUGCACUUUUCACAAAUAUGUGACUCCAGCAACAAGCAUAUUAAAUAUUCCGCCAAUGAGAAAGGCGCUGGAUAUAUUUUAAUUAACAACUGUAAUUUAAGCUUGAAUAAUUUUUUGUCACCAAAUAUUUUAUGCAACGCUUAA